UCUCCUGAGAAAGUCAGAGGGAUGGAGAACAAAAUUUUAAAGAUAGAGAAUUAUCACUCAUAAAAGUUAAAACUAUUACUAUUAGGGGAAGUACUUCUGUUUCUCAAGAAAUUUUUACAGGUCUUGCUAGUAAAGUUCAGGAAUUUGACCUUCCGUAGUUGGUAAUAAGAUUCACUUCAAAGUAUCCAGAAAGAUAAAAGUUUACUGUCCAGUUACCUUCCUACUUCAGAGCCUACCUACUCAUAAUUUUAACUGACAUUUUAGCCAAACUAUAAUUUGAAGAUCUCCCUGAGCCACACAUCUCUCUGGAUUUAGAUUUCAAGCAGUAGGAAACAAGCUGCAAUUCAAUGACUUCACAUCAAACUUCAAGUUUUAAGAAGUUGGUACAACUAUACUUUCAGGUUGAGUUUAUUCUUUUAAAGCAGGUCUCUCCCCACACCCUAUAUGAUUUUUUUUUUUUAAAUCUGUUAUCUACUUUAGUAGCUUCAAGAUCUACAGAAGAGAUUCCCUUAGCAACAAUACAUCAGUGGCACACAAAAUAAUCUUGUCUAGUUUGUGGGACAAAAAUUCUUGAAAUUGGAAAGAUUGUGGAGUCUUACAAAGAAUACACUGGAAUUAGUUCCUUUUACACCUCUAGAAAGGCAGCCAUUUCUUCCCAAAAGUUUUUAGUAAAAUUAUGGCUCGGAUUUCAAAAUGCAAACAGAUGUUUCUGAAGCAUCCAAAAUUGAGCCACUCUGAAUGGCGAUUCUGAAUCAUUUUAUGUCUCAACCCUACAAAAGGCAGAAACACUCCCACCCACCCCACCCGCCGUCCCUUUGGUGUAAACUUUCAAGAGAAGUGUAAGGACACACUUUAGUAGGAGUUUCCAAAGUGGGCUGAGCGAUGUACGGAGGUCGGGUCGUUCUGGGGAUCAGGACUGGACGGGAUAGAUUUUGAGGGCAAGAGCGCUCAGAGAUCUCCAAACGGGAGGAGCUAGAGGCUCCCACGUGCCCCCAUCGCCAUCCACUUGGUCCCACAGGAACUCAGGGUUGCUACAUUUAGUUCGAAGAUUUGUUACUUUUCGCAGCCAGAGUGGCAGGAUGGCUUUGGUGUUGGGGGUGGGGGUGACUAUGCAUCGGAUCUCCGCCCCCGGAGCCUCCAGCGAACCACCACGCCUGGGGGGGGGGGGGGAACCGAGAGAACCAGGGCUGCGACCUCUGCCCUUCCCAGCGGUGCCAGCCACUGGAACCCGGCGUCGCGCCCACCUCGUCUGUCAAGAGUGGGGGGCCCGCUACGCCUGGCCUGCCGGGCCGCCACAUUCCCAGGACGAAUGGGGGCGGGGGGAGAGGCCUUGGCGGAGUCCGGCCUCGGAUCCUCGCCUCUGUGCAAGUGCAGCAGAGGAGAGCCCCAUCUCGGUGGUCUCUCCCCUCCUGGGAGGGCUCUCGGGAAACACACGGUGUCAGGAGUUAAAGGCAUCUGGUAAAAGAAGAUGGCCACUGUGAAUCAGACCAACUGUAAUACAGAGUCACCAACAGCUGUAGAGGAGGUGAAGACCUCUGGCACUCCAGGGGGUCCCCAGGUACUCCCUGAGCCACUAGCCCAUGGUAGUACCCUGUUUCUGACAGCCCAAAAGGAAAGCAUCUCAGAAGAUGACGAUCUUGCUGGGGCUGGCAGUGGUCCAGGCUGCAGCAAAGGGGGUCCCAGGACCCAGGGUGCGGGGGCCUGUGCCUCUGGGGCUGUGCUGGGCAGGAAGAAGCAUCGGAGGCGGUCAUCAAAGCGCAAGCGGCACUGGCGGCCCUACUUAGAGCUGAGCUGGGCUGAGAAGCAGCAGCGGGAUGAAAGGCAGAGCCAGAGGGCCUCCCGAGUCCGGGAGGAGAUGUUCGCCAAAGGCCAGGCCGUGGCACCCUACAACACCACCCAGUUCCUGAUGAAUGACCGCGACCCAGAGGAGCCCAACCUGGAUGUGUCUCAUGGGGUGUCCUACCCAGCCUCCAGUGGGGAAAGUGAGGCAGAAGACAGUGGUGGGAAGGACCUAGCCAAUGGUGAGUUCCAGCAGAGGGACUUUUCUGAGACUUACGAGCGUUACCAUACUGAGAGUCUGCAGGGCCGCAGCAAGCAGGAGCUGGUUCAAGACUACCUGGAUCUGGAGAAGCGGCUGUCACAAGCAGAGGAGGAAACGCGGAGGCUGCAGCAGAGGCAGGGAGGCACCAGCCAGCAGCCCUGUCACCAGGUGGAGGAGCUAGCUGCUGAGGUAAAGAGGCUCAAGACAGAGAACCAAAGGCUUCGGCAGGAGAAUGAGGUGCGAUUCCGAGAGGACAGCCACCACAGUGGGGAGCCUGGUACCUAGAAACCCUCCCAGUCAGGUGGACCCAAGGACAAGGCCCCAUUUUAAACCCAGGCUAGCUGUGUCUCAAGGAGCUAGUGGCAAAUGAAAAUCACACUCAGUACUCCUGGGCCCCCUGAGAACAGCUAAGACAAGUUCCAGCUUCUGCAGUGGACUUUUUGACAUCAUCUUACCUCCCCCUCUUCCUCCUCCUCCUCCUCUCUUUUUCUCUCUCUUUCUUUUUUUUUUUUUUUUGUUGUUGUUGUUAUUCACUUUACUUUUUACAGAGAAAUUAAAUGAUGUUGAUAAAACC